AUGAAGGGGAAGUUGAUGGAUCUCGGCCUCAUAAAACGCUGUAACCAAGACGCGGAGUUCGCUCCAUACGCCCGUAUGAUACCUGCCGCAGCAUUCGCUCCCCCGGAGCACGUUGACGUUGCCAUAAGUGAACUGGUGCCGGAGUUACCCGAAGAACUCAUGCCAGUCCCCAAAUACUUCGGAGACAACUAUGUUGGUCGCCUAAGAUUGGCACCCGGUAGAGAAGUAUCCCGCGCCGAUCCGCGUUUUCCGAUCGCUCUGUGGUCCGUAUACCAACGCACCCUGGAUGGGGAUGGCCGAGCGAACAAUUUUGCCGAGGCCGCCCAUCGGCGGCUGCAAGGCGAGUUCGGAGUUGACCACCCGAGCCUAUGGAAAUUCAUCGAUGGUUUGCGAAAAGCCCUGCAGGCUCGGGACGUCGACUACGGAUGUUUCGUGGCUGGUCAUCAACCGGACCCGAAACGCAGAAAGUAUAUCGCAGCUGACGAGCGCAUCCUAAAGGUUGUCAAUGAAUACAACAACCGUAUGACGAUGGACUUCUUGCGGGGGGUAGCGAAUAAUUUCAGGAUGGAGGCGUCCUGCGCGACAGGGGCUGGGGCUUUGAUGCGCUAA